AUGUCCUUCCAGACACACAUCGAUCGGUCAAAUGCUUGGCAUCUGUAUCCUCCGUUGGACCAACGCAAUGUAACAGCCACCCCUCACCAGGGUACCGCAGAAAUUCCCCUGUCAGACGCAUCUUAUCCAGCUCGUCACGACCCCAUGAAGGAGCAUACAGCCCUGAAUGUUCUUCCUAUCAACCCGAGGCUCCCCUUUUCCCAAGCCCCGAUAGAACAGCAUACUUAUGGAAAUAUGACGGAUCAGCUGGGAGUCAGACUGUUGGGAGAGACUCCCGGUGGAUUUGAGAAUCAUACAAGACUAAGUAGUCUCCCGUACCUUUUGGAAAGACCUCUAGACGAUAUGGAGACCAGCUUCUGUGACAGAAACAACUGUCGUCCUCCAUGUGAAGCAGCCAAGAUGCGACGACCCAUGCAUUCCAAUUGUUCCGCCUGCCUUUGCCUCGACCUCUGCCCACCUUCAGCAUGCAGCACCAGCUUUAAUUGGCCGUAUGAGCAGCAGCAACAUCCCUGUGGAGGUGGCACCCUGCGUGGAACUCCUAUUGGACUGGAGGGUCCGCGACGGAAGAACGCGACUCGAGAAAAGAUUGCAACCUUGAAAACCUGGCUUCAAGACCACGCAACCAAUCCCUAUCCGACAAAGGGCGAAAAAAUUAUGCUCGCUAUUGUCACGAAAAUGACUUUUAAUCAGGAGGAGGAGGAGGAGGAGGAGGAGGAGAAAGAGUGCUUGAAUGGGGACCAUAAGACUGUACAGGCCAGCUGCAGCUCUGCUGAAUUCUACUCAUCACACUCUCAGCAAGAAGUCCGGCCGUUCGAUGUCUCUGAGGGUUUUAAUCCAGUCGAGGGCUUGAACGCGACUUCUGACAGAUCUGUUGACUUUAUGCAUCCUCUGCUUCACCCCGGGGUUAUUCCUUGUACUAUGCCUCACGAAUUCCGCUCUCCCGCCGCCACCUCCUCCUAUCCAUAUCAACAGGCUCCAAAUCCACCAACCUUCCCUUCCUACUGGUACAACGACAUGAUUUCAUCUGAUGGUGCCUUUCUAAACCCGGUUUUAAAAGCCAUCACGCUGGUGGCCAUCGCAGGCAGAACAGAAAAACUUCAACCUGGCAAAGUUACCUUGGGUUUGGCUUCAGUGUUGAUUUGCUAUGACAAGGCAACUCAAAACAGGAAAAUAAGGCGCCAGGCCCUGAAUGCUGAAAAGGUCGACAUUUUAUACCACUACGCAUGGCGCUGA